AUGGCCACCGGUACGCGGCAGGCAGGCGGGGGUGCGGGUGCCCGCAACCGCGGCGAGCGCCCUGGUGCGCUCACUGGCAACGACCUUGGCUCCCCUGCGCCCACAGCGCCGGCCCCUGGGUCCUGGCGGGGCCUGCUGCGCAUCGGCGCAGUGCAGCUGGCGGCGGGGGAGGGCGCCGUGGCGCGGCUGGCGGCCCCCGAAGUGGCUGUGCCGGAUCGCGGCCGCCUGGUGGCAGCCCAGGAGGCUUUCCAGCAGACACUGGUCCUGAACGCCUGCCUCCUGCUCCUGCGCACCGUGGCCAGGGGCGGCGACAGGGUCGCGCCGCUCGCCGAUGUUGCUGCAGACCCGGACGACGCUGCCGCGGACCCGGGCGACGCUGCCGCGGACCCGAACGACGCUGCCACGAACACCUCCGCCCCGGCCCCUCUGACCAACGACGCCAAGCGACGGCUGCUGGCCACACUGCGCGACCCGGGGUCGAACCCCGCCGACAUCGCGGCGCUGCUGGAGCCAGAAGUCCGACAGCUGGCGGCGCAGCUGGAGGCCGUGUGCGGGGUGACCGAGGCGGCCUUCGGGCCCUGGCUGGCGGCGCUGGCGGAGGAGGCCUGA